CCAGAAACUACCUGAGUAGUCAUUCUACUCAUCAUUUCUGCUUUUCACUCGGCCUCAAGACAUAUUCUUCCUGACAGAAUUCUCAACUUAAUAUCUCUCGAAGCACGCCAAUCAGGCUUCUAACUACCAGUUCCAACCAAAUUAUGGGGUCACUCGCUCCCUUCCACCCUCCGCUGGGCAUCAAUCAAGCCUUCUGUGAUCCCCAGGAGCAGACCUUGCAAAUGAAAGAAAAGGUUUUCUCUCUGUCGGGGGAUGAUUUUGAAGUCACGACUGUCUCGGGCCUUCAUCUCUGCAGAUGCAAGGGCAAGGUUUUCUCGCUCAGUAGUGCCAAAAAAUUCACGGAUAUGCAGGACAAUGAAAUCUUUACCCUCAGGAACAAACACAUCGCGCUACACAAGAGCUUCUAUGGCGUGGCUCCCAACGGUCAAGAAGUCUUCCAGGUCAAGGGUCAUUUCUCAGUCCUCUCAUCCAAAUCCACCAUCCAUUUCCAAAACCAGUCGGACGGCAGUCAGAUUGAAUUGAACCUCAAGGGCGAUUGGCUGGAUAGAUCUGCCACCAUCACCCUUGCUGGACGUCCUGUCGCAAGCAUUUCCAGAAGCUUUAUGAACGCGCGGCAAAUCUUUGGAGGCAAGCAAACGUAUUUUGUCACGGUUGCGCCAGGUGUCGACCUCGUCUUGAUCGCCGCAAUUUGCGUUUGUCUGGACGAGCGCGAGAAUGAAACGUCAUCGUCUUGAAGGCCGGAUGGGAGAGGUAGACCUCGACUUCUGUAGUAGCAG